GGGAUGACAACGAUAAUUCUGAAUCUUCGACAAGUUCAUUACCUAGAAAAAAGAGUAAAAGUGAUAUAAACAAAUUUCAAUUGGGAAUGGAAUUACAAAUGGAAAUUGAUCAAGGCAAAUAUUUGUACAUCAAAUAUCAAAACUGACGAGGACUUUUUGUUUACUUAUUCAUAUCGUAUCAGACGUUCAAAAUAUCGACAAAUUCAAACAUUAAAUUUAAUUCGAGUAAUGAUUGAUUUUCUACAACUUGAAUAUACCUUUAUACACGGAAUAAAACCUCAACCUUUGGAUUAUUUUAAAGGGCAUAUACCUCCAUCAAAAUUCUCUAGUUUUUUGGUACACUUUAAUAAACAUCUUCGUCAUCAACAAGAAAAUAUUUUUCGAAUUUAUUAAAAGGUAACUGAAAUAAUUUAAUAUUUCUUGUGUUUAAAAUUGUUCUCUAAACAACAAUGAAUUUUUUGGGCCUUUAAAUCUUCAAAAAAAUAUUUGUUUCACAAUUUGAGUGUUUGAGAACAAUUUUAAAAAAUAAUUUUUGAAUCUUCUAUUUAUUUUUUGCCUUAUAAUUUCCUUUUUCUCUUGUGUGAUUUUCUUAUGACCUCAAAUCAAUCUAUUUUUGAUUGUUUUCAAUUACGCAUUUUGAUGUUUUUAUAUUACUUGUGUAUUUCCCUGUGAUUUUAUUUCAAUUUUUUAAUGUCAUUUAGAAACAUCUCCUCAUUGAGCUUUAAUUUAUUCAUCAAUCUGAAACAUCAUUUAAUUUCUUAUUGGCAUUUAAAAUAGUAAAAAGGCAUAAUCAAACUAUGGGGUUUUUUGAUUAAAAUUUGGUUAUAUUCUGUUUUUGCACUGGUUCCAAGCAUUGGUUAUGUCUUUUUACCAUAAUGUUUUUGAAAAAUAUUUUAUACUUGUAAAUACAUAUUGGAAAAAAUAAAAUUUAUUUUUAAAUGCAUGAAUAUAAAGAUGUAAAACAUGGAUUUGCGCCUCAUAUAAAGUCGAGAUUGAACGUAGUCCACAGGACAUUUGUACAAUGUUGUACAGUCAAUUGUGAUUAGAUAGGGAUUCCAGAA